CGGUCUGCUCGGCCAUCGCUUCAGCCAUCAGCCUCUCUGCGCUCGGUCCACCACUGCCAGCAUGUACACAUCAGGGAUAUUUCUUGUCCUUUUACUGAAUGUUGGAAGUGCUGCUGCCGACCUUGGGAAUGGCGGACUGUGUUACAUACUUGAUGGGAUUCUGGUGAUCUACGGCAUUAUUCUGACCAUCCUCUACUGCAGGCUGAGGAUGCGUGGAAACAGUGGGAGUCCUGCAGAGGAGAAACAAGGAGAAGGCAUCUACCAGGGUUUGAAGCCCCACGCUCAGGACACCUAUGAGACCCUCAAUGUGAACAAGAGGAAAGCUUUGGCAUAAAUGAGUCUUCAGCUGUUUGAUCUGAUGUCUUUAAUGCUGUUUUCUGAGAACAACUCUGCAAAACUAAUGAUAUUUUUUCUAUUCAGUUUUUCUAUUCAUUUCAUUAAUGUAUUUUUUAUUUCAUUUUUGUAUAAUGCUUGCUUUUAACAGUUCAUAGAUUCAUAGCGUGCUAAACGGCUUGUAACAUUUACCUAAAUAGACUAUAGUCAUAUAGUUAUAUAGUUGUACAGGUAUAGUUCUGUUUUGCUGACUCUGUUAGAUGUUAAUCUGUCUUAAGAGCAAACAGAGGUGAUGAAUGUACAGAUGUGAGUGUAUUGGAUGGGAUAAAAUGAACUCUUUUAAUAAAUAACAUGGAUAAAUAAAA